AUGUCCGGAAGGCAAGGUGGAAAAGCGAAACCGCUUAAACAGCCGAAGAAAGCUGCACAAGAAUUAUCCGAGGAAGAUAAAGCAUUCAAGAAGAAACAACAAGAGGAAGCAAAAAAACUAAAGGAAGCAUCGGAAAAAGCAGCUCAACGAGGUCCAUUGACUGGUGGUGGUAUCAAGAAAUCCGGUAAAAAAUAA